AGAUUUUUCAUUGAUUCAACAGUCACGUGUUCUACUAUGGGAUAUAUGUUUUCUCGGUUAAUGUUAAACUCUAACAGUUUGAUUCUAUGUUUCAUAUCAUAAAGACGGACCCAUUCCAUGUUUUAAGUAUGCAUACCGAAUUUUCAGCACUUAAUCAGUAUCUUGAAGCAAGCCAAUUUGCCCAAGAAGCUACAAUGAACUUUCAUGUAGAUCAAAAGGUUCCCCAGAAAACUUGCAUAAUUGGAUCAGAAAGUUUGAAUUAUCCAAACACUGUAAGUGAGGGACAGUUCACUUGCUCAUUGAACACUUUCCUAGAAAAUAUGGGAGAAUUUGCACCCAGAUCACAGACUGUUGUGCCUGUUAUGGAGGCUCCGCAAGAAUUCCAAAAUCCAGAAAGUCCCAAAAGUUUUAUCGAUAUGGACAGUCAUAAUGAACCGACAGAUCAUGACAUUUCAUUAUACGAUCCAAACUGUGUUGUGAAAACGGAAAAAAAUUAUGUGCCGUGUUCGAUGUCUUCUGUAAAUAUCGUUUCAAAUCUACCAAACUUUUGCAGCAUAAACAAUGAAUCAUAUGUCCAGCCUGUGAAAACAGAAACAUUGGAAUCUCUCUCAUGUGCGGAUCAGUUUGGAAGUUGUGAUAUAGGUUCUGCUGUUGUUGUGGCUAUAAAGAAUGAAAUUAAUCAAGUUUGCAGAAUAUUGGGAAUUUCACCAGAUCCACGGUUGUGGUCUGAAUCCGAUGUCCUGAGAUGGAUGGAAUGGCAUGGCAAUCAAUUCCAUGCUUCUUAUGGUGUCACAGAGGCUUUCAGAAUGUGCGGAGCGCAGUUAUGCCGACUGAGUAAUGAAGCCUUUAAAAGAAGAUCUCCCGAGGCAGGAGCCAAUUUGUAUGCACAACUGGAUGUUUGGAAAAAUGCAUGCAGUUUGCCAAAUCCGCAAAUAAAGCAGACAACACCGGAUUUUUAUUAUCCACCAGCGCCCCAAGAGUCCUUCAUGCCAACAUCUCUCUCCCCCACCCCGAGUGCAACCAGCGAAGAAAGCUGCCGCAGCAGUUCGCCGAUUAGUUCACACUCAGACGAAGAAGUCGCCACACAGAAUUAUCACAGCAAUGUAAAUAGUGGAAAACAGACAAUCCAUCUUUGGGAGUUUCUAAAGGAACUUCUUCUUCAACCAGACAAUUACAGUGGCUGCAUCAAAUGGGUCAGUCGCACUGAUGGUAUUUUCAAAAUUGAAGAUUCCUCACGUGUUGCUAGGCUAUGGGGAAAACGAAAGAAUCGACCAGCCAUGAACUACGAUAAACUGAGCAGGUCUAUUCGCCAAUAUUACAAGAAAGGUAUCAUAAAGAAGACGGAACACUCCAAGCGACUUGUGUACCAAUUCUGUCAACCCUAUCUCUGAAAAGACAAAUUUUACUAAUCAGUCAAUUUGAAGGACUUUCCCCAAAAUGUCCAUUUCACGCUUUUGGCGUGAUUCAUUAAAAUGGUUACUGCUUAGUAAUUUACAUUAUGUUUUAUAGUUACCAGUUCCCCAUUGUGACUGGCUUUUAUAACUGAUGUAUUCCUUAAAAAUGGCAGCUGUUGUUUCAUGUUGCUCUGGUGCGGGCACCAGUUGAUAUCUCAUAGUGACAUAUUCAUCUGAGAUGGGUGGAAUUUUUAAUAAUAUUCUUGCCACAUUUCCUACCCGGUGGCCAUUAUGCGACGUAUAAGAAUUCCAAUACACAUGCAAAUUAAAAACUUGCUUGUGUUUUUUUGUAUCAUUAUGUAACUUGUAAGUGUAAAUUUUCUUCUCACUUAUAUUUAUAUUUGUUAGAUAU